AUGGCCGCGGACUCGGAGGUGCUGCACUUCCAGUUCGAGCAGCAGGGCGAUGCCGUGCUGCAGAAGAUGAACCUCCUGCGGCAGCAGAACCUCUUCUGCGACGUCUCCAUCUACAUCAACGACACGGAGUUCCAGGGGCACAAGGUGAUCUUCGCCGCCUGCUCCACCUUCAUGAGGGACCAGUUCCUGCUCAACCAGUCGAAGCAGGUGCGGAUCACCAUCCUGCAGAGCGCCGAGGUGGGCAGGAAGCUCCUGCUCUCCUGCUACACCGGCGCUCUGGAAGUCAAAAAGAAGGAGCUGCUGAAGUACCUCACCGCCGCCAGUUACCUCCAGAUGGUUCACAUCGUGGAGAAGUGCACCGAGGCUCUCUCCAAGUACUUGGAAAUUGACGCUGCCGUGGAGGCUGGUGACCAGGCUGCAGAGAGGUGCCACUCCUCGGACGCCGAGCUGAGAAACGGGGAUGAGGUUUUAGAUAAAGACUGUGAAAUAAUCGAGAUCUCUGAAGACAGCCCGGUGGGUGUGGAGUACCCAGUGAAAGAGGAGAAGGGGGAUGUCUCACAGCCUGCGGGGCAGAGCUUGGCCUCGCAAAGGAAGGACACAAAAACCCCGGAAAUAUCCACAGUUGAAAUCGGGUAUAAGGAUGAUGAAAUCUGUAUCUUCAGGAUGGAUUCUAUGAGCGUAGCCAAUGUAGAAAAUGAUCAUUUUUCUCAGCCUUGUACUUCCUCUAAAACAAAUCUGUAUUUUCCAGAAACCCAGCACUCCUUAAUAAAUUCCACAGUUGAAAGCCGAAAUACAGAAACGUCAGGAAAUCACUUCCAGGCUUUUGUCAGUGACAAUCCAGAAGGAACCUCUAGCCUGGGGAAUGGGUUCCAGAGUCUGGAUGAUUCUGGCAGUUCGUGGCGGCACCAGUGUCCCAAGUGUCCCAGGGGAUUUCUGCAUCUCGAGAACUAUCUCAGACAUCUGAAAAUGCACAAACUCUUCUUGUGUUUGCAGUGUGGCAAAACGUUCACGCAAAAAAAGAACCUCAACAGACACAUCCGGGGGCACAUGGGCAUCCGCCCCUUCCAGUGCAUGGUGUGCCUGAAGACCUUCACAGCCAAAAGUACACUGCAGGACCACCUGAAUAUCCACAGUGGUGACAGGCCCUACAAGUGCCACUGCUGCGACAUGGACUUCAAACACAAGUCUGCUCUUAAAAAGCACUUAACUUCUGUUCAUGGAAGGAGCAGCAGCGAAAAAACAAACCUGAACGCUAUCACAAAAGUGAAAAUAGACUAUGAUUAA